ACCAUAAAAUUUUCCUGCAGUCUUAACCAAUCUGGUGAAGAUCUAAGUUAUUUUCAAUAGGCCAUCGGCCGACUGGAAUAUUUCAUAUACUGUUUGAAAAAAGUCCUAAAGUUGUGAUAUUUAUAAUUUAGCGCCCUCCUCUUUUCCCCCAAAUUCUCUGAGCUGUAGCUGAAAAGGGUUCCGUUCAGAUCUUCUCCAUACGAUUCGGCGUUUUGCUUUGUAGUUUCUCCUCCCAAUUUUGCGGAGUUUAUUGAGUAAGUAUUAUGGAGACGGAUUUGAGUGAGAAUGGGCACCGUAGUAGAAGGGAUAGAAGAAUUGAUGGUGAAUGGGAGGAUAGGAGGGAGAGAAGGCGAAGAACGGAACGUCGCGAGAGUGAUGAUGCGGGUGAGGGUAAUGAUAGGGAUGAUAAGAGGGAAAGAAGGCGGCGUGGGAAUAGGGAUGAUAGUGAUGAUGAUGAUGAUGAAAGAGAGGCUUUGAGGCGUGAAAGGCGAGAUGAAGAUGAAGAUGGUGGUGAUAGGGUGGAGAGGAGGAGAAAAGAUGUGCGUAAAGAGAAUGAUGAUGAAAGGGAUGAUAGGAGGGAUAGGAGGAGAAAGAACGAAACACGAGUUGAUGAUGAUGAUGAAAGGGAUGAUAAGAGAAAGAGGAGGAGAAGACAUGAAGGCGAAAGUGAUGAUAGGAAGGAGAGGAAGCGACGGGAAGAUGAUGAUGAAAAGUUGCAUAAGAGAAGGAACGAUGAGCGCGAAUUCAGGGACAGGCUUGAUCGGUAUAAUGAUGGUAAAGAAGGUAAUGAUGAUAAUAGAAAGGAUACAAGGCAAAGGGUUGGAGAUGAUAAGUAUGGAAAAGAGAAAAAUAGGAAAGACAGUGCACAAGAGGACGGGGCUGUUAAAGCCAAUGAGGAUUCCAAGGUGCAAAACCAAGAUGGUGAUUCGACUACGGACUUAGCAAAGUUGGGCAGGAGUGGGGGUGUUUACAUUCCGCCGUUCAAAUUGGCUAGAAUGAUGAAGGAAGUUCAGGACAAGAGCAGCGUUGAGUACCAGAGGAUGACUUGGGAUGCUCUGAGGAAAAGUAUCAAUGGGCUGGUGAAUAAAGUUAAUGCAGCGAACCUCAAAAACAUUAUUCCAGAGCUGUUUGCGGAGAAUUUAAUCCGCGGGAGGGGUCUUUUCUGUAGAUCCUGUAUGAAGUCCCAAAUGGCUUCUCCCGGUUUUACUGAUGUGUUUGCUGCUUUAGUAGCAGUGGUUAAUACCAAGUUCCCAGAAGUGGGUGAUCUGUUGCUAAGAAGGAUCAUACUGCAGCUGCAAAGAGCUUAUAAACGUAAUGAUAAGCCUCAGCUGUUAGCAGCUGUCAAAUUUAUUGCUCACCUUGUAAACCAGCAAAUUGUUCACGAGCUUAUUGCUCUCGAACUACUUACAGUUUUGUUGGAGAAACCUACAGAUGAUAGUGUUGAAGUUGCAGUUGGGUUUGUUACAGAGUGUGGUUCAAUGCUUCAGGACCUCUGUCCACGAGGAUUGCAUGGAAUCUUUGAGCGGUUCCGCGGUAUACUUCAUGAAGGAGAAAUAGAUAAACGGGUUCAGUUCUUAAUUGAAAGCCUCUUUGCAUUGCGAAAAGCAAAGUUUCAGGGUUACCAAGCUGUGCGCCCAGAGCUUGACCUUGUUGAGCAGGAAGAUCAAUUAACCCAUGAAGUCUCUCUCUCAGACACAAUAGAUCCAGAAAUUGCUUUAGAUAUUUUCAAGCCAGAUCCUAAUUUCUUAGAAAAUGAAAGGAAGUAUGAAGAAUUAAAGAAGGCAAUACUUGGUGAAGAAUCUGAGGGAGGAGAAGAUUCAGGUGCAGAGUCAGAGGAUGAAGAUGAAGAUGAAGAUGAAGAGUCUGAAGAAGAGGAUGAGGAGCAAAUGAAAAUAAAGGACGAAACCGAGACAAACUUAAUCAACCUUCGGAGAACGAUCUACCUUACGAUUAUGUCUAGUGUUGACUUUGAAGAAGCAGGACAUAAAUUGUUGAAAAUUAAACUAGAGCCUGGUCAGGAGAUGGAGUUGUGCAUAAUGUUAUUGGAGUGCUGCAGUCAGGAAAGGACUUAUCUUCGCUACUAUGGACUACUUGGACAGCGUUUUUGCAUGAUCAACAAAAUUCAUCAGGAAAACUUUGAAAAAUGUUUUGUGCAGCAGUACUCCAUGAUCCACCGGCUUGAAACUAACAAACUGCGUAACGUGGCCAAGUUUUUUGCUCAUUUGCUCGGCACUGAUGCUCUGCCUUGGCAUUGUUUGGCUUAUAUACGGCUGACGGAGGAGGACACGACAUCCUCUUCUCGUAUAUUUAUCAAGAUCCUAUUCCAGGAGAUGUCAGAGCACCUAGGUAUCCGCUUGUUGAAUGAGCGUCUUAACGACCCCACUAUGCAAGAAUCCUUGGAGUCCAUUUUCCCGAAAGAUAAUCCCAAGAAUACAAGGUUUGCCAUCAACUUUUUCACUUCUAUCGGUCUUGGUGGAAUUACCGAGAAUAUGCGAGAGUAUCUCAAGAACAUGCCAAGGCUUAUCAUGCAACAACAGAAGCCUGUUUCUGAAUCUGAUGAGUCUGGGAGAUCAUCUAGUUCUGAAUCUUCAGAAUCUGAGUCAGAAUCGACAUCCUCCAGUUCUGAGGAAAGUGAUGAUAGUCGAAGGAAGCAGAGGAAGAGAAGAAGAUAGAGAGACCUUAGACUGUGCAGCAAUCUGAAUACUUUUAUUUCUAUUGAGAACUAGUUAGUUGGUGUUAUUAUCCGCGGAAAACUAGAUUUUCGUUUGCUUUGUAUUUGUAAUCCACUACAAUUUGUGCAGUUUCAGUUUUGACUAAUUGAACCUUGUA